GUUCAAGGAGACUACUGAGGAUACAACCACGCAGAGGUGAAAAAUGCCUUAAUUGCAAAAAUGACACACUUAUGCAUGUGCAUACGGUACUAAUUAGUGGAAGAUAUUAGACAUGAUCACAUAUGGACUUCAAUGACUUAAUUUAUUUAUUGUUUUCAAGUUCAGGAUUACCGUAUGUAUAUCUUUCUUUAAGGAAACUAAUAUGUUUUAAACCAAGUAAUAUAUAAACACAAAUAACAAAAAGUGACCCAUUUCUUCCAAUAUGAGCAAGAAUUGUAGUCGGAAACGGAUAGGAAUAAUUUGUUUAGUGAUCGCUGUGUUCGCGGCAAUUCUGGUUCCGGUGGCAUAUGAAGCGACUAGAAAAGAUAAAAGGAAGGAUACGGAGAGUAAAAACAAUGAUGGUGGCAUAAAUACACCACAAGCACCAGAAAAGCAAACCCAAAGAAUUGACUGUUUUCCCGAAAAUGUAGGAUUAACAGAAGAUAAAUGCAAGGAACGAAAUUGUAUCUAUGACAAAUCAGUGACCGUUUCUGGUGUUCCUUCUUGUUUCUUUCCUGCCAAUAAAGACUAUGGAUUUUCAGCAGAAAAGGGAAGUACGAAUACACCACUUGGGUAUAAAGUAAAUCUUCAGCAGAAGGGAAAUUCUCCGUUCGAAUCGAGUAGUCCGAGAUUUAAAGAGCCUACUUUUGAAGUCCAAUUCCUUAGUGAAAACUUAGCCCGUUUUAAGCUUUACGACAAAGCAAAUGCAAGAUACGAGGUGCCAGUACCAUUGGAUGUCCCCAAAACUCGAGCGGAAGCUUCUAAGAUAAAUUAUGAAGUCAAUAUUGUCAACAGAGAUGAUUUCGCUUUUGAAAUAAAGCGGCGUACAACGGGCACUGUCAUAUUCGAUUCCAGAGUCGGUGGACUUACACUAACCAACCAGUUUCUUCAAAUUUCUACUCAGCUACCAUCCACCAACGUGUAUGGAUUUGGUGAAAAUAUUCACAAAAGUUUUAAACACGAUCUGAACUAUAAAACAUGGCCCAUGUUUUCAAGAGACCAAGCUCCAGGAUGGACAGAAAUGGCCAAUUUAUAUGGUGUUCAUCCCUUCUACACGUGUGUGGAGAAUGGAGUAGGAAAUACACAUGGCGUCUUCUUCUUAAACAGUAAUGCUCAAGAGUAUUCCUUGACACCAUUACCAAUGUUAACUUACAGAACUAUUGGAGGAAUUCUAGAUGUAUAUAUUUUCCUGGGACCAUCACCUGAAAAUGUUAUACAGCAAUAUACAGAGCUAAUUGGAAGACCAUUUAUGCCUCCAUACUGGGCCCUUGGUUUCCAACUUUGUCGUUAUGGAUACACAAAUUUAAAAGAUAUAGAAACAGCUGUGGAAAAUACAAAAAAAUAUAACAUUCCACAUGAUGUCCAAUAUGCAGAUAUUGACCACAUGGACAAACAGAUGGAUUUUACAAUUGACCAAGAAAAGUUUGGAGGUCUUAAUACCUACUUUAAACAACUACAAGCAGAAGGAAUGCAUACAAUUAUCAUACUGGAUCCUUGUUUUACAACAAACACCUCAGGAUAUGAGCCAUACGAUAGAUUAAAGGCUAUAUCUGGUGCUGUGAUGUGGCCACAAGAAUUACAAGGUGUAGAGGACUAUAAAGAUGGAGAUGGGGCUAUGCUAGGAUAUGUUUGGCCAGAAGGAAAAGUUGUAUUCCCAGAUUUCUUUAAGAACCAGACAAAGGAGUUAUGGAUAGACUUGAUUGUAAAACACAGACAAAAUCUUACUUUUGAUGCCAUAUGGAUAGAUAUGAAUGAACCUGCAAAUUUUGGCACUAAUGAGGAUAAACCCUGGAACUGGCCAAAGAAUGCCACUUAUGAAUGGAGUCUGAAAUGUCCUCAGAGCAAUUAUGAUGAUCCACCUUACAAAACAAAGGCAGCAUAUGUAUUUGGUGAGAAAGCUAAGAUUUCUGACAAGACACUUUGUAUGGUGGCAAGACAAGGUCACAAUAAUGACCUUCUACAAUACAAUGUACACAGUUUGUAUGGAUGGAGUCAGUCACUAUCGACACUUCAAGCUACAAGAAAAGCAACUGGCAAGAGAAGUAUGGUGUUAUCUAGGUCAACAUUUCCUGGAAGUGGGAAGUAUAUAGGUCAUUGGCUAGGAGAUAAUGACAGUAAAUGGUCACAUCUGAGAGAAUCAAUUAUUGGGAUGCUGGAGUUCAAUUUAUUUGGAAUACCGUAUAUUGGAGCAGAUAUAUGUGGAUUUUUUGGCAAUACAGAACCCCAGUUGUGUAAGAGAUGGAUGCAGCUUGGAGCUUUUUAUCCAUUCUCUAGAAACCACAAUGGAAUAGGGAAUAUUCCACAAGAUCCAGGGGUAUUUGGUGAGGAGGUGGCCAAUGCCUCUAGAAUUGCCCUAGAAGAUAGAUACUGGUUACUGCCAUAUCUUUAUACCUUAUUCCACAGAGCUCAUGUUGAUGGUCAUACUGUAGCCAGACCAGUUCAUCAUGAAUUUCCCAACGACUCCAAAGCCUUAUCUAUUGAUGAGCAGUUCCUAUGGGGUUCCUCAUUGUUGAUUUCACCAAUAUUAUAUGAGAAUCAAACAGAACUAAGUUAUUAUUAUCCAGCAGGAAGAUGGUAUGAUUUACACACGGGUUGGUAUACAGACGGUCCAACACCUGUAAAGAUGCCAGUUGGUCCAGAUACCAAUAUUCAGUUAGAUGUACGUGGUGGCAGUAUACUUCCCAUGCAAGAACCAGCCAGAAACACUACAUACAGUCGUAAGAAUCCACUACAUAUUUCAGUAGCCUUAGACAAUGAUGAUGAUAAAGGUGGCCAGGCAGAAGGAGAGCUUUUCUGGGAUGAUGGAGACUCAAUUGAUACCUAUGAAAAUGGAAAUUAUUACUUAGCGAGAUUUAAAGCAGUAGGGAAUAAAGUGUGGUCUGAAAAAUUGAGUGGUUCAGAUGAUGAAGUAGAAAAUUUGAUUGUUGAUACCAUCAAGGUUUAUGGUGUGCAGACAAACGUUUCCAUAGUUACUGACCUUGACAAUUUGAAACCAAUCAAUACCUUUACAUAUGAUAGUCAUAAAAAGGUGUUGACAGUUACAGGUUUUAACAGAAAGUUGAAAGAUUGGUUUAGUAUUUCUUGGACAAGAGAGAGUACAGAUGUAGAAAAUACAAGAAUUGACUGCUAUCCUGAACGUCUUGGCAAUGUUGAUUUAGUAACUAAGGAGAAAUGUGAAAGUCGCCAUUGCAUUUAUGAUCCCACAAACUCAUUGAGUCCAGAUUGUUACUUUCCAAGUAACAUGGGGUAUAAACUGGCAGGAUCAUAUGAAACAGAACUAGGAAUGGAUUACAACUUGACAUGGGAAGGGUUAUCUCCCUUUGGUAAUCCUAUCAGGAAUGCUAUUUUUAGAGUGGAGAUGAGAGAAAAUAAUGUUUUGAGAUUUAAGCUAUUUGAUGCAGAAAAAGAACGUUAUGAAGUACCUAUCAAACUUGAUGUUUCCAAUGACAGAACAAUGCAUCCAUGGUAUGAACUAAAGGUUGUCAGUGAGGAUCCAUUCCAUUUCCAGGUGUUAAGAAUAGAUAUGCCUCCAAAGAAAGUCAUAUAUGACACAACAGUUGGAGGUUUGAUAUUUGAGGACCAGUUCCUUCAAAUAGCUACAAAGCUACCUUCAGAUAAGGUGUAUGGAUUUGGAGAAAAUGUGCAUGGGUCUUUAAGACAUGAUUUAAACUGGAAAACAUGGCCAAUGUUUGCCAGAGAUCAACCAACAGGCGAUCAGAACUUCCAAAACCACUAUGGAGUACAUCCGUUUUAUACCUAUUAUGAUGAUGAAGGGACUGCAUAUGGUAUACUGAUUGUCAACAGUAACUCACAAGAAUAUUCUUUUACACCCCUGCCUAUGUUGAUAUACAGAACUAUUGGUGGAGUAUUAGACUUCUAUCUGUUUAUAGGACUGACACCAGAGGGAGUUGUAUAUGACUACACAAAGGCAAUUGGUCUUCCAUUCAUGCCACCUUACUGGAGUUUAGGAUUUCAAUUGUGUCGCUAUGGUUAUAACAACAUAACUAAUUUAAAGACUGCUGUGGAUAGGACAAUUGCUGCCAAAAUACCCCUGGACAUACAGUAUGCUGACAUUGAUCAUAUGGACGAAAGGAAAGAUUUCACUGUUGAUGAUGUCAAUUUCAGUGGUCUGAAUAACUACUUCAAAAGUUUACAAGCUGCUGGAAUGAGAACUAUUACUAUUUUGGAUCCUGCACUGAUCACCAAUGUGACUGGAUACGAGCCCUAUGAUCUUAUGAAUCAGAAUGAUGCUAAUAUAAAAUGGCCAGAGAAUUAUAACAUUCCAGCGAACAGUUCAAAUGAAAAGGGAGCACUACUAGGAUAUGUAUGGCCCAAAGGCAAGGUAGUUUUUCCUGAUUUCUUCAAAAAUGUAACUAAGGAUGUUUGGAAACAAUUGAUUGUUAAACAUCACAACAACACACUUAGUUAUGAUGGCCUGUGGAUAGAUAUGAAUGAACCUGCUAACUUUGAUACUGAUAAAGACAGAAUUUGGAACUGGCCAGUCGAUGAUAAACCAUAUUGGAGUCUCAAAUGUAAUAAAGGGGACAAAUAUGAAGAUCCACCCUACAGAACUAUGGCAGCUUAUCUAUAUGAUGAUCGUAAAAGUAAUUUCAAAAAUCGUAUAUCUGAUAAGACAAUAUGUAUGGUAGCCACUCAAGGAGAAAAAGACAGGUUUCGUCAUUAUGAUGUUCAUAAUUUAUACGGUUUGAGUCAGACACCACCGACAUUAGAUGCUCUUCAGGCAGCUACAGGAAAACAAGGAAUAGUGAUCUCACGUUCAACAUUCCCAGGUAGCGGGAAAUAUUCUGGCCAUUGGCUUGGUGAUAAUUCUGCAGUAUGGCAGGACAUGAAGUUAUCUAUUAUAGGAAUAUUAGAAUUCAAUAUGUUUGGUAUACCUUACAUUGGGGCUGACAUAUGUGGAUUCUUUGGAAAUACAACACCUGAACUUUGUAAGAGAUGGAUGCAACUUGGAGCUUUUUAUACGUUCAGUAGGAAUCAUAAUGGAUUAGGUAAUAUAGAGCAAGACCCAGGAGCUCUGGGAGAAGACGUAGCUAGAGCUGCUAGACAGGCUAUAGAAACAAGAUACUGGCUACUUCCAUAUCUACAUUCUCUCUUCUACGCUGCACAUACAGGAUUUGCUAACUUUGGAUCAACGGUUAUUCGCUCAUUGCAUAAUGAAUUUGAAGAUAAAGAGACUUUUGAUAUUGAUGAGCAGUUUAUGUGGGGACCAGCAUUGAUGAUAUCACCAAUCUUAAGAGAAGGACAGACCAACUUGAGGUACUACCUGCCUCAGUCGACUUGGUAUGAUUGGUACACAGGUAUAGAAGUAAAUUAUACUGAUUCUAAUUAUUAUGAAAUGAAUGUACUGCCAGAUUCCCCUAUUCCUUUGCACAUCAGAGGAGGAUUUGUUCUACCCUUACAGGAACCAGCUAAUAAUACACACUUUAGUCGUAAAAAUCCUAUAACGUUGAAAGUAGCUCUGACAAGUGAUCAGUACUUUACAUAUGCCUCAGGAAAUUUAUACUGGGAUGAUGGAGAAGGAAAAGAUAAUUACGAAAGUGGGAACUAUUUUUAUGGUGUUUUUGCAUGUAGAAAUGGCAUGUUGAAUAUGGAUGUUUUUCAAAACCAAACCACUGGAACUCAUGAUGUGGAUAUAGAUCAUAUAGAAAUUCUUGGCAUUGAUAAGAAUUGGGAUAAAGUAUAUAUUUAUGUGAAUGGUAAAGAGCACUCACAACAGUAUGUUAAUUAUACUAAGGAAUCUCACAUAGUAAGAAUAACAAACUUAAAGCUACCAAUGCAUAACAGUUUUUAUGUACAGUGGAAAAAUGAAAAGAUUCCAGAGGAGGAUGUAUCAUUGAGAAUAGAUUGUUUUCCCGACAUUGAUAAAAGCAAAUCAUUGGAUAUUAACACUCAAGAAUGUAAAAGGCGUGGGUGUAUUUGGGCUCCUGUAGUGGAGUCACUGUCAGUUCCCUUUUGCUACAUCAAUACCUCUAUAUAUGGCUACACACAGACCUCUGAAUCUAGUCAUGGUAUUUCAACUGCAAUUGAUUUGAAAUGGCAAAAUAAAUCUCAAAUGUUUCAGGACGAUAUUGAAAGUAUUCGAAUGAUUGUAACUAAGCAUUCAAAUAAACUUCUACAAGUAAAGAUUAUAGAUCCUUCAGAUGAGAGAUAUGAGGUUCCAGUAAACUUUAAUAAAAUUCCAGCACCUAAUAGGGAGGGAACAGAUUACAACAUACAGUAUGGUAAUGAUGAUCAUGGCAUAUUUUCCUUUAAUGUUACAAGAAAAAGUAAUGGAGCUGUGAUCUGGGAUACCUCUGUAGGAGGGUUAACAUUUGCAGACCAAUUUUUACAGUUUGUUACCAAACUACCUUCAAAGAAUGUUUACGGAUUUGGAGAAAAUCGUCAUAAAAAGUUCCGCCAUAAUUUUGACUAUGACAGAUGGCCAAUGUUUUCAAGAGAUAAUGGAGUAAAUGGGGGUGACCAUGCCAACUUAUAUGGAGUACAUCCAUUUUAUAUGUGCGUAGAAGAUGAUGGGAAUGCACAUGGUGUAUUACUGUUGAACAGCAAUGCCAUGGAAAUAGUAUUACAGCCACAUCCUACUCUGGCCUAUCGAACUACUGGUGGAAUUCUGGACUUCUAUUUGUUUCUGGGUCCGACUCCUGAAGAUGUAGUUAGGGAUUAUACAUCAGUUCUGAUUGGGAAGCCAUACAUGCCUCCAUACUGGGCACUAGGUUUUCAACUGUGUAAAUAUGGCUACAAUAAUAUUGAAACUUUGAAAGAAGCUACAGAGAGAACAAUUGAUGCAGGAAUUCCAUUUGAUGUUCAGUAUGCUGACAUUGAUCAUAUGGAUGAAAGGAAAGAUUUCACAAUAGACUCUGUCAAUUUUGGUGGUCUUCCAGAUUAUGUGAAAGAGUUACAAGGUAGAGGAAUGCAUUUUAUUAUUAUUCUGGAUCCAGCACUUAUUACAAACAAUACUGGAUAUAAACCUUAUGAAAAAGGUCUGCAAUAUGACAUAUUUAUAAAAUGGCCUGACAAUACACAUCCAGAUUUUAGUGAAUACAAUAAUACCAAUAUGUUAGGCUAUGUUUGGCCUAAAGGUAAAGUAGUCUUCCCAGAUUUUCUCAAUAACAAAACUCAUGAAUAUUGGAAACAGCUAAUUAUCAACCAUCAUAAAAACAUAUCAUUUGAUGGAUUAUGGAUUGAUAUGAAUGAACCAGCUAACUUUGACACAGAUAAAGAGAGACCUUUCAACUGGCCUGAAAGUGCUAAACCUUACUGGAGUUUGAAAUGUCCUGAAUCUAAGUUAGAUGAUCCACCUUACAAACCAAGAGGGAUUUAUGGAGCAAGAUUAUCGGAUAAAACAUUAUGCAUGGUAGCUCUUCAAAAUGAUGGCAAGUAUCGUCAUUACAAUGUUCAUAGCUUGUAUGGGUGGAGUCAAACGAAACCAACAUUAGAUGGGCUUCGUCAAGCUGUAGGUGGGAAUAAAAGGGGAAUGGUGAUAAGUCGUUCUACCUACCCGUCCAGUGGUAAAUAUACUGGUCACUGGUUAGGAGAUAACAACAGUGAAUGGCCAGAUCUUCAUUACUCCAUUAUAGGAAUUAUGGAAUUCAACCUGUUUGGCAUUCCCUACAUUGGAGCAGAUAUUUGUGGCUUCUUUGGAGAUUCAAAUGCAGAUUUAUGUCAGAGAUGGAUGCAGCUUGGAGCAUUUUAUACAUUUUCAAGAAAUCACAAUACUAUCAACACAAAACCACAAGAUCCAGCCUACUUUGGCAAGGCUGUUGCUGCGUCUUCCAGAAAGGUUUUGGAGAUAAGAUAUUAUCUACUUCCAUAUUUGUAUCAUUUAUUCUUUGAAGCCCAUUCACAAGGUGGCACUGUUAUCAGGUCAAUAGUUCAUAAUUUCCCCUCUGACAAACUUACAUGGGAUAUUGACACACAAUUUAUGUGGGGGACGUCUCUUAUGUUUGCUCCUGUUUUGCGACCUAAACAAGUAUAUGUUGAGGUGUACUUCCCUGAAAGUAGAUGGUAUGACUAUUACAAUGGUAAAGAGAUUACUCCUGUUAAAAUGAAACAUGUUAUAUUUGCACCAAAACACAUCAUUCCAAUAUUUAUAAGAGGAGGUUCCAUAAUCCAUACUCAGACCCCGGCUAACACAACUGUUUUUAGCAGGAAGCUAGGAAUGGGAUUGCUCGUGGCUUUGAAUGAGAAUGGAACUGCUACAGGCAAGCAGUAUUGGGAUGAUGGGGAAUCUAUCGAUGCUUAUGAAAACGGUGAAUACUUCACAUCUGAUGCAACAGUAAAAAAUAAAGUACUUUCAUUCAAUGUUAGACACAAUGGUACAAGUGUUAUCAACGAACUGUCUUUUGAUCAUGUUGUUGUUUAUGGUCUGGAGAAGAAACCAACUACUUUAUUGAUAAAUGAUGUGGAUUAUAGUCAAAUUGAUAAUGGAUUUGGUGGAAUAAAACUUUUCUACAGAGAAAAAUACAAACUGCUUAACAUUACAAUGUUAAAUUUACCUUUACGAUUUGACUUUACAAUUACGUGGAGUUAAAUUUGUAUAUUCAUAUUGACUUUUAGAUCAUUAUCUUUGACUCACAUCUUAAGAAAUAUGUCAUUUGCAAAUAAGAAGCUGUCAACUUUCUCUUGAAAUGGAAAUCCCAAAGUUUUAUUUGUGAAUACCUGGUUCUUUUGUUGUUUUAGAAAUGUUAAUCAUGUUUCAAAUAGAAAAUGGAACUGAUAGGAGAGCUCUGGCAACCACACAAUUUUUUCUUUUGUUUUUAAGCAGAGGGGUUUUAAAAAAUAUUUUUAAUUUUUAGUCAAUAGAUGACAAUUUUUAGUCAAUCGAUGACAAGUAAUUAUGUUUUAAAUUCUUUACUAAAGUUGUUUACAUUACCAGGUAAAAUAAGGAGAUGUGGAAAGAUUGCCAAAGAGAUAUUUCUAUAAAUAAACUUUAUACUAUACUUAAUGCAAAAAUUAAAUAAAAAUAUGGGCUCAUCGUUCAUUUAAGCACACAAAUUAAUCUGCCUUUGAAAGAAGCAUGCAUUCUUGUUCAGAUACUUUUUAUCUGUUGAACUAAUAGGAGAAAAAAAGGUAAAAAAUAAAAAUAAAAAGAGAACUUAAUAACAGAAAUUGCUUAAACUGUAUAAUAGUUAAGUUUAAUUUCAGUUCAUUUGAAAAAAAUUUAAUAAAAAACAUAGGUCACAGAUGAGUUAAAAAAGUUAUUUCAAUUUUUAUGCAAAAAAUUGGCAUUUUUUCAUGAAAGUGAGAUAAUUUGGAGCUUUUUCAAUGAUAAAACCUUUUUUGAAAAGUCAUCUGGGGCCAAAACAAAUAUAUUUUGUUGGUUGUUUUUUGUACCAUAUCAUAAAGUUACAACUAAUAGUGUAAUAAAAAAAAAUUGUAAUGGAAAACAAAUGUUUCAGUUUUUGCUGAUUAUUUUUGUACCCUGAGUCUCUAGGCAUGAUAAGAUUUAUAUUGGAUGAAAUAUAUAAAUUAUAUGAUUCCAUAUUCACUCCUUUUGAAAUGUUUUUUUUUUAAGUGGGGCAGUUGAAUAAAAAAAGUUGCACUUUUAUAAUAACUCUUCAAAAUUCCAAAGUACUAAAAUUCAAAUUGGUAUUUGCUGAAUAUUGAAGAUAAAUAUGUAACUUUCACAAUUUUAAAUAUAUGGCGACUUUAAUGUUUUUCAAUAUUUAAUUAUAACAUUAUUUUUUAUGUCUAUCUAUAUUUUCUUUUGCAGAUGUAUUAUAGAUUUUAUUCAUUGUUAUAUAUAUACAUACAUCAAUAUUUGUUUACAACACAAAUUCUUCAUUACUUUUUAGAUUGUUUUUUUAUUUUAGAUUUAUUUUUUCAAUUCUUGAAUUGUUGAUAUGCAUAUCAUAUUCCAUGAUAAAUCCAUGUGUAUUAUUUGUUUGAAUCAAGAUGAAAGUAAUCAGCAUAUGGUAGUACAUUUAUUUUUGUAUAUAUUUUCUAAUCAAACUUUGUAAUCAGAAUACCAACUAUGUGUAAGUGUUACUUAUAUAUCUUUACACAAAAAAGUAACAAUUACAUUUUUGUUGAUUUUUUUACAUGUAAUUUGAGUAAAUUGAACGAUUUUGCUAACCUAGCCUUAUUUAGAUGAAAGAACCAUUGUUAACAGAAUCUCCUAACUGUUGUACACUAUUGCCAUUAAAAAAAAUCAUAUUAAUUUCUCACUAGAACGAAAAUAUAUUUGAAGGGAAUUUAUUGUUUAACUUCUAAUUCAGUCAUUUUUAUUUUUUAAAUCCAGUCAGCUUUUUUAUUUAGUUGCUCCUUGCAGAUAUAUUGAGCUGAUGUUUUCCAUAAUAAUGAAUAGUUAUAGAGUUUGUAUAGAACCAUCUAUCUACCUAACUUAAUUUUGACCUAUUUGUACCGGUAGUCAAAAAGUUUUCAUCUAUGUUGCAUAUUUCUGCAUAUUUUUUACUAUGGCAAUUAAAGUUAAUAUUUUGUACAUAACAGUGAUCUAACACUAAAGUAAGUAAAUAAGUGGUUAUAUCUAAGUUUAGGUCUUUAUUUUAAAGAAAAACAGCAUGCACUCUAAGGCGCUCUUACAACUGAAUUUUACAUAUAAAACACAGACAUUAGAUGGACUUAAAUCAUGCAUACAUAAGAAAUAUAAAGCCAGAAAGUAAUAGUAAAACAUGUAAGCUUAAUACAGCUCCAUGACAUAAAAUACAGGGAUAGAUGCUAAAGCAUCUAAUUAAAGCUUAGUUGUAUUGAAAAAAACAAGGAGGUUUGGUAUGAUUCUGAUUGCCAAUGAAACUAUCCAGCAGAGUUCAAAUGAAGUGGAUGUAAGCAAUUACAAGGCAAUUGUAUGGUAUGGCCUUCAUUAAUGAGAAAACCAUAAGGUCUAAACAGCUUUGCAUGUUAAAACAUGUUCAUCUGUUUGACAGUGCUUGGUGUAUUGAUCAUUAGCUACACACAAACCAUUUUGUUCCCACACUAAUUACAGAUAUGAUAAUAAAAUUUGUCAAAAAAAUUGAGUUCCAUACUUUUAAUGUUUAUACCUCAACAAUGUGUACCAUAAAUUAACAUUUUAUGUCUGGAUACAAAAGUACAGGUGGUCUACCUAUCUGAAAAUUAAGAAUUGUUUAUCAUAAACGAAUAAUGUUUAAAUAAACUGAGACUUCAUCUAUUAUCUUGAGGGUCUUUUGGAUGGAAGUUCAUUUAUUCUUUGAGUUUUGUCAGAAACAAUCUAGCAUGUUUUGCUCACCAACCCUUAAAAAAAAUUGGAAAGUUGAAAAAAUGCUCAAAAUGCUACAAUUCUUGAUAGUUGAAAACUGGGUCCAGCAAAAAAAAAUCACCUUUGCAAGAUCUAUACAAAUGCCAAAAUAACUGAAAUCUUCAAUUCACAGAUUUUGUGAGAAAAAAUAUUCUUGUGAUUUUAAUUUUUAAGCAAAUAAAUAAACUGAAGAAAUAAACAAUUUAUUUAGCCUAAUAUGAGGGGGUUGGAGGGGUCCUGAUCCCGAAAUCCCUUGUUUAAAAAUAUGAAAUCCCGAGGUCCCGAAAUCCCUAGCUUAAAAAUAUGAAAUUCCGAGGUCCCGAAUUUAAAGAAAAGAAGUUAAAUCUCAAAAUCCCGAAACUUGGAAAAAGAAUUUCCGAACCCCGAAAUCAUCAAUUCUGAGUCCCAAGCUUAAAAACACCCUAUCCCGACUUACCGAAAAAUCCCCCCCCCCCCCCCCCCAAACUUCUCAGGGGUCUUUGAUAUACUAAAAUGCAAAAAGUUACGCCCGUGACGGGGUGAAUGUUGGCUACAUUCAAUGGCCCUUUAGUUUGCUUAACAGCAUGCAUUUCUUUUGGUAUGUAAGGCAGAGCACAGUUUUCUAUUUAUUUACUUAACUUCGAAGCAGUUGUUCGUACAUUUGCAUCUACGGUCACGUUCGCAUAAUAAUCUGCUUGGGUCUAAAAUAAGCUGUUUACCUGCUUACACUCAAAUGUCAUUUUGCCAGGUGAGCAGUCAAGCUCUUGAAGUAUUUUGUUUUAAUGUUGGUAUUAUUUUUACCACUUAUAUACCAGGUGUGAAGACAACAACUAUAAAUGUUUGCACAAUAAAGGAAUAAUAUAU